GUUGAUUGUUUCAUCGUUGAUCAAUUCAUUCAGUUGGUUGUCUCUGAUUGAAGUGGUUGCAAGAAGAUGUUUGCAAUGCUCGCACCAACAGUGAUUGCUUUCACAAUUUUUCUAAUUUACUCCCAAGUACUUGCCGAUGAUCCAAGUGAAAUAGAUGAAGAGCAGCGCGUUCAAAGUCUUCUACUAAAAAUAUUAACGGCCGGUCUGCAAGAAUCACGAUAUGCAGUAUUUGAAUACACCAUCAAACAGUAUCACGAUGAAUGCUAUGAAAAAGUUCACAAAAUAAUUGCUGCUGCCAAUAGGCCAAACAAAUCAGAGCAACUGGAACGGCUAAAAACUCUAUACGACAAUCAUAUAAAGAAUUAUCCAAAACAAAAUCGACAGGCCAUUUUCGACAAUCAAAAUCCCGAACCAAUCGCUAGAAAUGCUGGUGUCGCAACGAAUGCACUUUGCCAUCAAAUGUUUGGUUUUACGUUGUAAAAAAAAAAGUUUCUCUCGAUAAUUAAAUCACUCCAAUUCGCUAAUCAUAGGAUUCUUGGUGAAAUAUAAUUAACGUGUAAAGUGUCUGAAAAAAUGAGAUCGAAGGGAAAAAAUAAAAUAAAGAAGCUGUUUUAAUUAAUAUUCACAA